GAUUGUAAAGCGGUGGGAACGUUCCCAUUAUAAGUCAUAUAGUGAAGACCGCCACAGACACCCAAUCUCGACUUUCCAGUCGCAGUUCCAACUCCCCAGAACAUCCAGCCACCAUGCCCGUCCGCUCCGAAUUCAAGGACGACCAUCCGUUCGAGAAGCGCAAAGCGGAAGCCGAAAAGAUCCGCCAAAAGUACCCGGACCGGAUACCCUGCAUCGUCGAAAAGGCCGAGAAGAGCGUCGUCGGGAAGAUCGAUAAGAAGAAAUACCUCGUCCCAUGCGACCUAACAAUCGGCCAAUUCGUCUGGGUCAUCCGCAAACGCAUCCAGUUGACCCCGGAAAAGGCCAUCUACAUCUUUGUCAACAACGUCAUUCCACCGACCGCGUCGCUGCUCAGCCAAGUCUACGCAGAACAUAAAGACGAAGACGGGUUCCUGUACAUUGUCUACUCGUCCGAGAACACGUUUGGCGCCGACGAGGACGGGACGCCGCUGGGGGAUGCCGAGGAGUAGCGGGCACACUGGCGACCAAAACGAACCACACACACUCUCUCUCUCGCUU